AUGGAAGAAUUCAAUGUGAUAAUGCAAGAAGAGUUGAUCACCAUCAGCAUAGACGAGGAGCUUAAGCAGAAGUUCAACCAAGGCUAUCAGGAGUUCUGGUUGCAGCGCAACAUUGAAACAGAAAAAGACAACUGUGGUGAUUUGGGAAUUAUAAAAAGAAGGAGUAGACCAAAAAAUAUUCUAGACAAGAGAGGAAGCAGCACAUGGCUCAACAACGUGCUUUCAACAAUGGAAGACAUUUUGCUGGGGCUAACUGUUCCAAUGAUGAAAGAUACUUUUAAUAAGUAUUCUACAAAUAGUUUUUUAUUUUCCAAUUUUAAUGGUGUAUCAUCCAGUUUCAUUCAAAAGUGCGGUACGUGA